CAGUGUUGGAUUAUGUUGUAUAUUGGAUCCCACUUGAUCAUCUUCCUCCUACUUCUAGUCCAUUUUGGACAUUGUUGGUCAGUGAACAAUUUUCUGAUGACUGGUCCUAAGGCCUAUCUCAUUUACUCAAGCAGUGUGGCAGCUGGGGCACAGAGUGGUAUUGAAGAGUGUAAAUACCAGUUUGCCUGGGAUCGGUGGAACUGCCCAGAGAGAACGUUACAGCUUUCCAGCCACAGUGGUCUACGCAGUGCAAAUCGAGAAACGGCCUUUGUGCAUGCUAUUAGCUCAGCUGGAGUAAUGUAUACACUCACACGGAACUGUAGCCUUGGAGAUUUUGAUAACUGUGGCUGCGAUGACUCCAGAAAUGGGCAGCUUGGUGGACAAGGGUGGCUUUGGGGUGGUUGCAGUGACAAUGUCGGUUUUGGAGAGUCCAUAUCUAAGCAGUUUGUGGAUGCACUGGAGACUGGACAAGAUGCUAGAGCUGCCAUGAAUCUUCAUAAUAAUGAGGCUGGAAGGAAGGCAGUAAAGAGCACAAUGAAGAGGACAUGUAAGUGUCAUGGUGUUUCCGGAAGCUGUACAACUCAAACCUGCUGGCUACAGUUGCCGGAAUUUAGAGAAGUGGGCUACUAUUUGAAGGAGAAAUAUCACAAAGCUCUGAAAGUUGAUCUGCUGCAAGGAGCGGGUAAUAGUGCAGCCAGCAGAGGUGCAAUAGCUGAAACAUUUAGCUCCAUUUCCAAGAAAGAACUUGUCCACCUGGAAGAUUCACCUGACUACUGCCUGGAGAACAAGACUCUUAGCCUACUGGGUACAGAAGGCAGGGAGUGCCUUAAAAGAGGCAAGACACUUAGCAAGUGGGAAAAGCGGAGCUGCAAACGCUUGUGCGGAGAUUGCGGAUUGGUGGUGGAGGAAAGAAGAGCGGAUAUGGUCUCCAGCUGCAACUGCAAGUUUCAUUGGUGCUGUGCUGUUAAAUGUGAACAGUGCAGGAAGACUGUCACUAAAUACUUCUGUGUAAAAAAAGAGAAACGUGAGAGGAGUGGUGGUGGCAUCCCCCGCAAGAAAGAAACUAAACUAAGAAAGAAAUUUUAAAAAGGUUGCUCAGCUGUAACUAAAACAUUUGUGAGACUGCAGCUUUUGUAGCCGGA